ACACUUUACAACGGCACAAGGCAUCCUAACCAAAACAAACCUCAAAUUAUCACGUAUCUUUAUGAAUAUUAUCUUUAACUCCUAUUUAUAUGCCAUAUUGGUGUUGAAACUUAAUGAUACCUAGAAUACGAGUCGAGUGAACAUCUGGGAGCAAUUUUCAUCCACUUGUGUUGUUAUUAAGAGAAGAUAUCAAGGAAAAGGAAAAGCAAUGAGUGAAGGAAGGGCUGGCGAUGACAUGCAAGAUAGAAGCCAGUGGUCCAGGGAGAAGUUACUUGAGGAACUCCAGAAGAAGGAAGAGGAGAACCAGAAUCUAAAAUCACAACUACACCAACAACAGACUCUCACCUACUCACCAAUCCUUAGUGGUGACAUCCUGAACCACCAGCUGCAGGCCAUUGGGGAAGAACCUCUCACCCAUGCUCAAGUUGCUAGGUAUUCACGGCAACUCAUUCUACCAGAGUUUGGCCCCAGAGGACAGAGGACAUUAUCAGCAGCAUCUAUUCUCAUUGUUGGGUGUGGCGGCCUGGGGUGUCCUGCGGCGAUAUACUUAGCUGCUGCUGGUGUGGGACGACUUGGCUUGAUUGAUUAUGACUUGGUAGAGCUGAACAAUCUCCACAGACAGGUCCUGCACACAGAGGCAAGGGUUGGCACAUCUAAGGCACUCUCCAUCGCCCAGUCCAUCCAGGCACUGAACAGCGAAGUGAAGGUGGUGCCAUAUGAGGUUUCCUUCACUAGCAGCGUGGCUCUGGCGGUGAUUAGGCAGUAUGAUGUGGUGUUAGACUGCACGGAUAAUGUAGCCACUCGGUACCUAUUGAAUGACGCCUGUGUCCUGGCCGACAAACCCCUCGUCUCUGGCUCUGCUCUGAGGUUUGAAGGUCAGCUGACUGUCUACCAUCACCAGGGAGGACCUUGUUUCCGCUGCAUUCACCCUAAGCCUCCACCUCCCGAGACUGUGACAAAUUGUUCUGAUGGAGGUGUGCUGGGGGCAGUGCCUGGUGUCAUUGGGUGCAUGCAGGCACUAGAAGCCAUCAAAAUUAUAACUAAUGUAGGAACUUCUUUGUCACAGAAACUACUCUUGUUUGAUGGUCUUCGUGGAACUUUCCUCACCGUCAAACUGCGAGGCAUGAAAAGCACUUGUGAGAUCUGUGGGGAGACACCGUCCAUAAAGCAGCUGAUUGAUUAUGAACAGUUUUGUGGAGCUGCAGCAACAGACAAGGACAAGGGUGUGAUGCUGCUGGACAGAAACAAAAGGCUAACAGUUGAGGAGUACAGAACCUUAAUGGAGGCAAACAAAUCACAUGUACUAAUAGAUGUAAGACUGCCUGUUGAGUUAGAAAUAUGUUCCCUACCUAACUGUAUUAACAUUCCUCUGAAAGACAUAGACAAAGAAAAGAGUAGAAGUCUCAUCCAAAAUAAACUCUCAGAUUUAGGAACAAAGAGUGUCAUCUGUGUUUGCCGAAGGGGAAAUGACUCUCAGGUAGCCGUGAGGCAGCUGGAGGCAUCCUUGUCCCAGCCAGAAUACCAAGUCAGGGACAUUAUUGGUGGGUUGACAGCCUGGGCUCAUAAGAUAGACAAAUCAAUGCCUGUAUAUUGAUUUUCUCAGUAAGACAGCAGUGUGAUAAAUUGCUUACAAGGCUUUCAGGAGUAUAAAUCAGCUACCUAAUUGGUUUAUGCACAGAUGUUAUUAUAUUACAACUUAUUAAUCAAUGAUUGUUGAACUUGUCAAGUACUUUAGUUUAUGUACAGCAUGAUUCUAUUGAUUAAUUUUUCCCAUCUGUUUAUCCAUGCACUGUAUGAUGGCACUCUAGGGACUCUCCUAAAGGGAACAGUAAUGGAAGGGUUCCACGGGCAGCAGCUGACUGACUCUUAGAGGAAGUGCCAUCUAACAAAAGAUUCCUCCACACACUCUCAGAACUUAACAUAUCAAUCAUACAACUCAUCUGAAGUCCAAGUUUGUAGUGAAUAGUAUGAUUUCUAUAUGAGAGUAACUAUUUUUGACAUUCCUCAAGUUUAGGAUAUGAAAGAUACGUUUCCAUAUUGAUUCCACUACGGCAAGGUCUCACUGUUGCCAUGGUCCUCACUUUUGGCAGGGAAUAGGGUGGAAAUAUGGCUUUGGGGACCCAUCACUGGAGAAUGAGUAGGACUACUAAAACAUGAACAUAAAGAUUCUUGCACCAUGUAUUAUCCAAGGUAGGCUGUGAUCAAAGUCUGUUUAUAUUAUGAUAAGAAUAAGUUCUGAACACAUAUUUCAUUAAACAUUUACCAGUA